AUGACUGAAGAAAAUUUCUUGAAGUUUCUACAACACUUUGUGAAGUAUGUGAAACCUACUCCGGCCGAUCCAGUUCUUCUGCUCUUAGACAACCAUGACUCUCAUCUGGCAAUAUCUGUAUUUGACUAUGCUUCUGACAACGGUAUCGUCAUGCUUUCCUUCCCACCUCACUGCUCCCAUAGACUUCAGCCUUUAGACUUGUCUGUGUUUGGGCCGUUGAAAUCUCGUGUAGCACAGGAACAGGCGAUCUGGUUAAGGAAUAAUUCUGGCAAGACCAUGACAAUCUAUGACAUUCCAAGUAUUCUUCAUGAUGCAUGGAAGGACGCGUUGUCAAUGAGAAACAUCAUCUCAGGUUUCGAGAAGGCUGGAAUUUUCCCCUUUAAUCCUGACGUGUUCACUGAUGUUGACUUUGCCCCCUCGAUUGUUACAGAUCGUCCUGACCCCGCCCUCUCAGCUCAAAGAGAUAGAGCCAAAGAUCCUGCACCUACCAGUGUGUCUGCUUCUCCUCUUGAAAGGCAACUCCAAACUUCUUCCAACCCUCAUAUUCCGUGUGCAAAGGUAGUGGAUACGCUACCAGGUGACAUUGUUGAAGUGAAUGGUGAAUAUUCACUCCGUAACAGUGGUUAUGAAGUCAGCAGGUUGUUGGCCUAUGUACCACCAUCAUGA